AUGUCUACCUUUAGCAAUCUCCCUAACGGUCAGCUACCACCACCGCCGACCAGCUACCGCCGCCGUCGCCAGUCAACCACCACCACUUGUCGCCGGCCAGCCACCACAACCGCCGCCGGUCAACCCCCUUCAGGCCAGCUGCCACCACCACCGACCAGCCGCCGCCACCUACCGCCAUCGCCCAUCACCGGCCAACCACUGCCACCUGUCGCCGCCCAUCUUCGACCAACCGGGGACUAA